UGUUGUGUUGCCUACAAAAACUUCCUACGUCCAAAUCUUUCAUCUCCAAAACAAAAGAAGCACUGAUCUGCAACUCGGCUACUCCAUCUUCUUCAAUCCGCAAACAAAGAAGAAACGAUCCAGAAUACGUAAUUGAACUGGGGCUUUGAUUCCUCGUAACUCUUCUACGUCGUACGAGGCUGGAUGGAGGGUAUGAGAAAGAUGGCGCGGUACGGUUUCGUGUUCUCCGGUAACCCUCCGAGGUUUUACGGCACGAAAGUGGACCUGAGAAAGCUCCGGCCGAUGAUUCUGAAGAGAAUCGAUAAUCGGGCACAGAGUUACCCGGUUCGCGCAAUGGUUCCGGUUGCAAACGAGGUUCUCCAAGCCAGGAAUGUUCUCAUCCAUGGCGUUUCUACACUCCUUAACUUCCUUCCUCUCAUGGCUUGCAAUAAAAAAUGACGGAACAAAAGGCCGAGGUUUUCUUGGUAAAAGAACUGAAGUUUCACAACAUUAGCUCGCUAAAAUAUAUAUUUUGUCCAGAGAUAUAUAUCGGUGAACAGGGACAUUUAAUUCAGACCUGCUGGGGUUACAAGCAUCGUGCCAAAAACCGGGUUCAUGAGUGGAUCAAAGGGGGUUUGAAUGAUAUACUUGUCCCUGUUGAAUCAUUUCACCUGAAAUACAUGUUCCAAAGUGUUAUUAGGCACAAUGAAAGGUUUGACUUUGAUCGCAUUCCUGCUGUUGUUGAGCUGUGCUGGCAAGCAGGGGCUGAUCUCCAGGAUGAGAAUCUUAAUUCAAGUAGCUCGAACUCGGAGGCUGCCAGUGAAAGUGUGUCUGUAAACGAGAAUUUGUCCCCAGAGGAUCUUGCCUCUAUAGCUAAUAACACAUUAACUGCUUGGGAGGCUCUUAGGUCUGGGGUGGAGAAGUUGUUGUUGGUUUAUCCAGUAAAAGUUUGUAAAUAUUGUUCUGAGGUUCAUGUUGGGCCAUCUGGUCAUAAAGCUAGGCUCUGUGGGGUUUUCACGUAUGAGAGCUGGAAAGGAGCCCACUUUUGGGUGAAAGCUAAUGUGGAUAACUUAGUACCCCCAAAGAUUGUGUGGAGACGAAGGCCUCAUGAUCCUCCUGUACUUGUGAAUGAAAGGAAAGAAUUUUAUGGGCGUGCUCCAGCUGUAUUGGAUCUGUGCUCAAAAGCUGGUGCCAUUGUGCCUAAAAAGUAUAAUUGUAUGAUGAAGUUGCAAGGUUUGUCUGGUCCUGCCAAUAAUAGGUUUUUUGGGAUCACUACAGAACCAAACUUUUGAAAGCAACAGUAAGUUGAAUUGUAGGUCUAGUCGGAGGCAGGCCCUAGGUCAGGGACAGUUUAGAGCGAAAUUUGACAUGUCAUUACUCCCAGCUGCAAUUUUUUUGCACAAUUUAGGUUGUCUAACAUAUCUGAUUAUGGAUCCAUCCAUGUGCCUCUUAUCUUGCUGUAAUCUUCUGUUGCAUGCAGCAAGCUAGAAAUUUGGUUCCUAUAUCUCGUGUCUCCCAAAAUAUUUCUGCAGUGAAAAUCAAAACCUCUACAUAUAUGACUUAUUGGACCCGCUCCUCAGGUUGGAAGCAAAAGGUAUUUUCAUGUCCUACUUAUUCAAAGAUCCCAGUUAUUUUUCUCGUUUGACUGAUUUUUUCCUUUUAGUAAUCAUAAGUCCAUAAUUAUUCAUCCGGGAAAUAUUACAUUGUUGUAAAUGUUUGUAAUAUGUACAUUGCUGUAAAAUUGGAAAGGGCUUCGUUACAGUAAAAUUUCUGAUUUCUCGAGAUAUCAAAAGGAAGAAUUGCUUUCUUUA